GUCUCCCACGCCUCCCACGCCCCCGGGUUGGCGAGAUGAGCCAUCCCGUGUCAGCGCCGCACGGGGGACCUGCUUUGACCUCCUCGGGCAGCAUUUCCACUUGCGCAAUGUCACGGCCAGAGCUUCCUGCGCGUCGGGCCUCACAGUAUCCGUGAUGGGGGAGAGAGCCAGCUGCCAGGCUUGGUUUCGACCGGGCUCUUGGGACCAACCACGCCCCGUGUGUGCACGCACAAUCUCCUUGCGGACCGGGGAGUGCUUCGACGCCCGCAGACCAAGCCCUCUGGGGGCCAGCUGAGAGAGCUGGCUGUAUUGUUUCUGUUCUUUGUGUGCUGAGGAUUCAAGUAUAUGAGGUGUCGAGAAAAUAAAGACGUGAUCUCCCUCUCGCAAUUCCGAGGUCAGGAAUCCCACCUGGGGUCUCCCAACUUUUCAGAGUUCCGCAUUCACCCUCACCCGCCUACCAGACAGACCCCGUAUCAUACCGUACAGGCAACCCUACUCUAUAUCCGCCCACGUACAUACCAUAACGUCCCUCCCACAGGGUAGGCAACACAGCCCGCACGAUGGCAGACCCAGCCGCCACGACAACGACAGCAACAGCAACAGCAGCACCCCCAGACAUAAACCGCGGGCCCCAGAUCCUCGCCGUCUGCGGCACGAUGGUCGGCCUCGCCGUGGCGGCCGUGUCCCUGCGCGUCUGGGUCCGCGCCACCAUAACGAGGCAGAUCGGCUGGGACGACAGCCUGAUCGCCGCGUCGGCCGCCGUCAUGCUCGCCGAGAUGUGCGUCAUCGUGCCCGAGGUGCGCCGCGGCGCCGGGCGCCACGUCCAGUACAUCGACCCGCCCUCGGACGUCGUCGCCGGCCUGCACCUCAACUUUGUCACCCAGCCGCUGUGCCUCGCCAGCCUGUGCCUCGCCAAGGUCAGCGUGGGCCUGUUCCUGCUGAGGCUCAAGCCCAGCGCCCGCUUCGUGUGGUUCAUCCGCGGCGUUAUUGUCUUCACUGUGCUGUCUGCUGCUGGGAACUUCUUGACCGUCUUCUUUCAGUGCACGCCUCUCGAAUUCACCUGGGACCACUCGGUGGUGGGCGGAAAGUGUAUCCCGGCGCGGGACCUCAAGUUCGCGGCCUUUUUUAAUUCAGGCGUCUCACUCCUAACCGAUCUGGUCUUUGCACUGCUGCCGGUCCCCAUCUUGUGGUCGGUUCAGCUUAACUGGAAAGUUAAACUUGCUGUCAGCGCUGUGCUUGCCCUGGGUAUUUUUGCGUCAGUAGCAGCUGUGGUCAAGAUGACCUACCUAUCCAGCUACGGCUCCCAUGGGGAUUUCCUCUGGGACAGUACAGAUAUUACUAUAUGGACGACAGUCGAGAUAUGCACAGCCAUAAUAGCAGCCUCCAUCCCCAGCCUCAAGCCCCUAUUUAGGGCCAUCCUCGGAGGGUCAUCAAUCCUCAGCCCCAGGACAAACAACAAAUACAUCGGGAACAUUGAUAGUGUGGCUCACGCCACGAAGAACAAGGGCAACGACAUCGAAAUGUACAACAGCCGGCUCAAGAGUACGGCUGCUGCGAGCGGGGGACGACGGCAUUUUGAAAACGAGUCGGAGGAGAUGAUACUGUCGGAUCAGGAGGCAAGCCAAAAGACGACGCCUGUUUCUAUCUCGAUCCAUGAUCCGGAAGACUGUGCCGGAAAAGUAUAAAACCUUUACCUUUACUUAUCAUCUGGAGCCCCUGGCGACAGGAAUAUUUGAAUACUAAGCGGAGCGACUUUUUUCCUUGACUUAGUUUAUAGUCUUUGUGAUGACUUUUGC